UUCCUCCUCAAACGGGAGCAAACUCGCCUCCUGGAUCAGGAUCGGACAUUUGCGUGGAGCACCGCCGAGGAUCGGGACUCUCUGCUGCCGUGGAGGCUGCUGAGAUCCAACAUCGGCGUUCCUUCAGAUGAUUUCAGGAGAACAAAAAGCCACCAAAACAUUUCCUUUUCUUCUGCCACAUCCCACCGGUUCCCUCCGCCUCUCCCGGUUCCGGGGAAAAGAUUCUACCGCUUGGUUCGCGUUCCGAUCCCGGUGGUGGUUCUGAGAUCUCUGGAUUGAUUGAGAAGCGCUGCUGCCGCUAAGUUUGGAGCAGCCCGUUAGAAGGAGGAGGAGGAGGAGGAGGAGGGACAGAGGAGAUCUGACACCGAGCACAGAGCUAUAUCUGUCCGCUGACUGCUGCAGGGAGCCGCACCGGAGCGCCACCGCAGGGGAGAGGGGAUUUAUCCAGGAAAGGGAUUCACGAUCUCGAAGGUGUCCGGCCCAAUGGGACUCCCUGAGCUGUGAGGGACGCUCAAGAAACAAGAGCAAAGUUAAAGGACUAAAGCGGGUGGAGGAGGCGGGGCAGAAGAAGGCGCCAGGCGAGGAGAGAGGUUUGAAAAGAAGGAUUUGGUCAAUCUGUUGGGGGUGCAUGCCCCCUCGAGACCUUUCCCUCCUUCUUGAACAUCCUCCUUUUUGCUGGUUUCUGCAUCACUGACAAGCAAACAAAAGGCCAAGAAUGUUCAGUAAACGGAGUGUGGGCUGGCUGAGAGCUAGCAGGGGCCUCAGCGGGACUUCGUCAAGGACUAGAGUCUGGCUACUGGGUUUGGUUUUCACUGCGAUCAGUUGGAUUCCCCUACCGGCCACCGCAGAAGUAGAGAUUGACAUGCUGGGAGGAAUGGUGUUGUUGGACGCUGGUGGGGAGGGUGAGGACUUGGGAGGAGGCGGGAGUGAGCUGGAAGCCUCCAUGCACUCGUCGCUGCUACAUGACUUCCAGGAAGUGGCGGAGAGCCUCCGGGUGAUGGACGUUGGGGAAAUGGCAGCAGCACGGCAGGAUACGGCGACUCCCACGGCUUUCCCAGACUCCUCAGCGGUAGUUGGCCAGGUUUUCCAGAUCAAGGUGCCAAACAAGAUGGAGGAUGCUUACCUUGGAGAUAUCAUAAAGGUGACGGAAAUGGGAAAGGAUUCCCUGCCGUCCUGGCUCCACUGGGAUGUCGACAGUAGAAUCUUGCGGGGGCUCCCUCUGGAUGAGGAUAAAGGAGUUCACUACAUCUCUCUUACUAUUUCCAACCACACAAAGCCCUCCUCUUCCUCCACCUCCUCCUCAUCAGAGGUGUUUUCCAUCGAGGUGCACCCUGAAGACCACUUUGAUUCAGACUCAUCUCAGCUGCUGUCCAACCAGGCAGCCGUGGAAGAUCACAUCCAGCCGUUCACCUGUGGCAACGAGGAGCCAGUCACCAUCCUAACGGUGAUUCUGGAUGCAGAUUUAACAAAGAUGAACUCCGAGCAGAGGGUGGAGCUCCUUGAAAACAUGAGGAGCUUCUCAGGAGUGGAGCUCCAGCACAUGAAGAUGCUCCCUGUGGUUAAUAACAGACUGUUUGACAUGUCUGCAUUUAUGGCAGGACCGGGCAACGCAAAAAAGGUUGUUGAGAACGGGGCGCUUCUUUCAUGGAAACUUGGCUGCUCAUUGGACCGGACCACUGUUCCAAAUAUAAACAGUGUCCAGGAUCCAGCUAAAGAAGGGACAAUGUCUGCCAGGUUGGGAUACCCUGUGGUUGGAUGGCAUAUUGCUAACAAGAAGCCACAUGUCCCAAAGCGCGUGAGAAGGCAGCUGAACAUCACUCCCACGCCUAUUCUUGCUGUGCUUCCUCCGACAACAGCAGUGGAACCUCCAGUGAGGAUUGUCCCAACCCUCUCUUCUCCUUCUAUUGCUUCACCUACAGAAAGUUCUGCUCCCCCUGUACGAGGCCCUGUACCCCUUCCUGGAAAGCCUACCAAUAAAAUUCGUGACCCUAUUGCUCACACCCCAACCUUGGGGCCACCUCAACCAACAAGGGUAGUUGAGACCACCAGCACGGUUUCCAUUCAGCCAACCAUGACCAGGCCAAACUAUGUAGAAGCCACUCCCACAUUACCCACUCCACCAAAAAAGACCACCAGGAAACCACCUAGAAGGCCCAAAACCACUCCAAUGACCCCCAAGUCCACUACCCCCGCCGCAAGUACACCAUCACCUGAUAUCAUACAUGAUCCAUUCAAUGAAAAGCCAGUACUGAGGAACGCCAUAGAUCAGGUUAAUGCACUAGUGGGCACCUAUUUCGAGGUUAAAAUUCCCUCUGAUACAUUCUUUGAUAAAGAGGAUGGUACAACAGACAAGCUGCGUCUGACCCUGAGAGAGAACCACAAGGAUGUGGUUGGAGACGAAUCCUGGAUCCAGUUCAAUACCACCAGCCAGCUGCUGUAUGGCCUUCCUGAUGUUCAGCACAUUGGGAAACAUGAGUACUAUAUGCAGGCAGAAGACAAGGGUGGCCUCAAAGCCAUUGACGCCUUUGAAGUCAGAGUAAAACGCUGGCCUCUCAACGACAAAACACCAGUCAUAUUUACUGCCCGCUUCGAGGGAGAGCCACGUAUGAUUACUAACAACAUUCACAAGAAGAUUCUUCUGGUUAAGAAGCUGGCAUAUGUACUGGGAGACCGCAACAGCAGCACGGUGAGUUUAAGGAAUAUCAGCAAGGGGUCAAUUGUGGUUGAAUGGACAAACACCAGCCUCCCCCAGCACCCAUGCCCAAAGGAAAUACUCAGAGACAUGAGCAGGACCCUUGGAGAUGCAAGUGGGAAACCCUCACAGAAGUUUAAGAACUACAUGGGGCCUGAAUUCAGUCCAAUUAAGGUUGAGGUGAGGGGCAAAGCAAGCUGCCGAACAUACUCCUUCAUCCCACCAGCAGAGAUUGAUAUCCCAGAACCUUCUGCAGUUACUCCAGGUCUUGGAUCAAGCCGGGACAGCACUGAUGAUGUCUAUCUUCACACAGUAAUUCCUGCUGUGGUAGUUGCAGCCAUCCUACUCAUCGCAGGAAUCAUUGCGAUGAUCUGCUACAGGAAGAAGCGGCGGGGCAAGCUCACCAUUGAGGAUCAAGCCACCUUCAUCAAGAAGGGAGUGCCUAUCAUUUUUGCAGAUGAGCUUGAUGACUCCAAGCCUCCCCCAUCCUCCAGUAUGCCCCUGAUUCUCCAGGAAGAAAAGCCCCCUCUUCCUCCCCCUGAAUAUCCCAACAUGGCUAGUCCAGAAACGACUCCCCUCAAUCAAGAGUUGCUAGGGGAGUACACAGCUCUGCGAGAUGAGGAUCCAAAUGCCCCUCCCUACCAACCACCUCCUCCCUUCACCACUCCCAUGGAGGGCAAGGGCUCUCGUCCAAAGAACAUGACUCCCUACAGAUCUCCACCCCCCUACGUGCCCCCCUAAGACUUAUUUGCCCCUCACCUGAAAGGGUGGAGGGAUGCUCCAGGAACUGUGCUGGUUUCUGCUGUUUCUGUCUGGACUUUUACAGGAAGAUAUGUCAAGAGGUGCUAAAGUUCCAAAAACAGGAGAUUAUGGUUUGGGUGGGGGUAUAGGAUGUUGGAACUACUUUGAGGGACUACUGGUUCUAUGGUAGCCCACAUUCUGCAAUAGCCUGACAAGUCUCAUAACAGUGGGCUUUCGGUUCAACCAAGCUUCUGAGAAGAAACAACAGGGAGCUGCUCUCCCUUCUCAGCAUUUUUUCUUAGAUUUGAAUACUGGAUUCUACUUUAUUUUCUUCUUUUCCCAAUAACACUUUCUUUUUCACUGGACUGAAGUGUUGCCUAACAGCCUUUAUUGUGUCCUGCUUUUAAACAACACAAGAAGAGAACAACAAACUGUCGCCAGACCUCUGCUUGGAAACACUCGUCUUCUAAAAACAGCGUCAGAUUCUCUUCCAAAUCAGAGAAUCUCAGAUCACCCCUGCAGACGAUGCAAGAGACGGGGAGGCCGAAGUGUACACGUGUGAGCGACUAUUUGUGUGCGUUUAUUCGGAUUCAUAACGGUUUGCCUUUUAACACUAUUUAUCUGUUUUUAUCCUUAUUCACAAUGUCUAGUUAGGCUGAGAAUAACAAGGUAGCCUAAAAAGAUAUAGAGAGGAGUAGUCAUGUUCUGUUUGUUUUUAAAAUCAUAAAAUUUCUGGAAGACAUCUUUUUUCAGGAGGGUAGAAUGAAUUGCAGAGGACUGAUUUAUCUUCUGUAAUGCUAGACAUUUUUUUCUCUUUUCAGUUCUUCUACAAUUAAAAUCAGCCACAACUUGUCCUGUUGGAUAAUAAAGACGUAAGAAAAAAAUGAGUGGGGUGGGCCUCAUGGUCUCAGCUGCUGACCACAAACAAUUCAACCAAAAAAUGCAUCCCAGCUGACAAAGUUACCCAAUAUUAUAACCACAGUGGCAAGGAAAUACUAUGGAAUUUUCUCUUAGUUAACAUUGAUAACAUUGGAGACCAGUUUUGGUGAGAAUAAAAACACAAACGUUAAAAAAGUAUAUCCUCUUAGUACAUACUGUGCCUUUAGGUUUUAUAAACUAUUAAAAAAAGGUCAGAAUCACCCAUGUUUAGGACUUUUGGAGUGGUCUAAAGAGGAGAUGGAUUUCCAGUCAGAAAUUUUCCAUUGAAAUUUGGUACCUGUUAACUUGUACCUUAUAGUACAUGUUUCUGAGCAUGGAUUAGGUUAUUUCCUAGUGAUUCUACAAUUUCCAUAAUCUUUAUAAUUUGAUCUGGAAAUGUUUCCAUCUUUGGUCUCUAAAUAAAUAACUCCCAAUUUCUAACAUCUUCAAAACAGAGCAUGUAUAAAUCCAUUGCUAUCUGGUUCCACCAACCCUGCUAAUUACCAAUACACUCCCUAAAGUUUUUCUUUUAGAACAAAGAAGGAAUAGCCCAAUUAGAUUUUGGUCCACAUGUUGUGGUUAGAAAUCACUGUCGGUGAUUCGCACAGAGACAGAAGGUACAUCAUAGUUUUAGUGGGCAGUGUUGCCAGCCCCUGAUACGUUCACAUUGUGCAGUUCUUAAAAAGGUUGGGUUUAGCUGUUUUUACAUGAUGAAAGUAUAUCUGUAGCCUAUGUCUCACAGGCUGCACAAUGAAACCAAUCAGCCUCAUGUAUACCCACAAUGUGACCCUGAGAAAACUCCGUCGGGUGCUGGUUAUGAUGCUUUGCAUUUUACAGCCUGUACCUGACUGUCAGACUAACCAUCUGACAAUCAUUCGGCUCCACUCUUGAUGCCACCACUGUUGCCCUCUUAUUUGCAUUAUAAAUGCGAGAUUUCCUGUGAUUGGGAUCCAAACACUACUCUGCAUGUGUACCAUCUAACUGGACAAUCCCUUCUGAGUUCUUAAUGUUUUUUGUCAGCAUUAUAGUAUUGGUUAAGAUUAUAUUCCAUAGAUGUCCAGCCCAGCCUUUUUUUUCUCCAGUACAAACAACCCAGGAUGUUCUCAAAGCCAGGGAUAGAUAUUUUUCUAUGUGCCACUGGGACUCUCCCAGAAUUGUACCUUUUUUUUUUUUUUUUUUUUUUUUUCCUGAACACAACAGAGGUGAUUUCGGCUGAGAUUUAGAAAAGGAAAGAUUGAUUCUAACCAGUAGCUCCCAGAAUAAUUUUCUACUUUUUAGUACAGCCUCAAAUUGUUUAUUAAAAUGAUCUCAAUUGAUAGUCUCCUAUGAUUUGUUAAAGUUUUAGUUUAGUUCAUUCAUGAUUCAGUUAUUUACACUUUGUUUUUUGUUUUGUUUUUUGGCAUGGGUCACAUUUUGGUGUGUUUGUGUCUCUAAUGUAUCUCCUGAACACAAAGACGGAAGGACCCGUGCGUUCUGUUUUAGUUCUCCACCCUUCUGUCCGAGUUUGGAUUGAAAAUGACCCUUUGCAAUAACGGUGUACGGUGCGGUUCGUGAAAAGACUGCACCAUGCAGCCUCACACGAGUGACUCGGUCAUGACGGUUUUUGCAGGAAGCCAAGGCUUUUUUUGCUUAUCGAGUGUGCAUUGUAAUAAUAAAACCAACUGGUACCUUAAUCAAA